AUGCUUGGAGAUUCACGAAGGGUUGUCAUCGAAAUGUUUACUAUUGGCACGUUUUGCUGCACAUUGAAAGUUUUUCCAGUUAUGGAUGAUGACAAUCUGUUUGGUGGAGAUUUAAGCGAGAGCAGCAGUGAUGAGGAACAGAGUAACCACUCCUCCAAGGUCGUGCAAGAAACAGCUGUGGUCAAAGAGGAGAAACCUGAUACUCGUAAACCAAGAGUAUCCUUCACAUUGGCUGAUGACGAAGAGUCAAACGAUGGUGUCUCAAUUUUCAACGGAUUAGGUGCUCCCGGCGAAGCUCACGAAAUGGGCAAUAAAACGAAUAAAAGAAAGGCGACUUCACCACCUGGAUCGAGCUCAGACGUCAAACGUGUGAAAUCUGAAGGUCAUUUGGCUGAGUCAACUUCCACAGCUGAUUUUCAAGAAGCGUUGAAUCUGCUUGAUGAUCCUACUGCAGAUGUUUUCACCGCUCCUACUGCUCCCGCUCCAAAGAAGAUCAUCACAGGACAAACAAAACCCUGUCGUAAAGAGAAAGACGUGCGAUUCGCUCCAGAUGUGCAACAGGCCGAAAAACCGUCCACUAGCCAGCAGAAAGCGCCUACUGCCAGUUCGUCAAGAGCAGAGCAGGAAGAGGAAGACAUUCUUCCAAUCAAACCACUCAAUGAAGAGGACGAGCUGUUACGACUCAAAAUGCAGGUAUGUCGUUUUAAUUAUAGAAAACGGACCUGCUUCGAUGAAUCUUCUUUCCCGAAAUCGACUAUACGUCGGCUUAUACAUCAAUUUACUGGCGCUAAUGUUGGGCAGAACGUCGUCAUUGCUGUUGCAGGACUUGCAAAGGUUUUCGCUUGUGAACUGGUCGAGGAGGCGUUGGAUAUUCAAGCGAAGAUGGGUGGGCCGGAAGAACCACUGAAACCAAACCAUCUCCGUCUCGCCUAUUAUUCCCUCGAGCGUCAAGGGAAAUAUUUCCACAGAAUAGUCACCGGCGGAAUCUUUCAUAUGAAUGGAACGCCGUACACUGGCGUACCGACUAUACCACCUCCUCAAUUCAGUACGUUUGCCACCACAAUUGAUCCUCCUCGACCCUUGCCAGACUUCGUAUCAAAGGCUCCAUUACAUCCUACGACAACAGCGGCUCAACAAGAUUCCUUACUUCCAAAGCAGUCCAGUACGCAAUCAGCAAAGAGAUCCCAUCGUUCUGCAUUGGAUUACCUGGGCAAGAAAAGAAUCUAUGGACUGCAGGUGUAUUCACCAACAGCAGCUCCGUACCCUGCCGUACAGGCUCAUCUGGAUUCGCCUGCUACUUCGCCAAACCCUGAAGGCAGUAAGCCUAGCACAGUUCAAGAGUCAUUUGCGAUUACACCAAAUGUCACGAAUGAGACAAAGGUAGGUGUGAAGAAAUCGCCACGUUGCCCAGCUCUUAUCAGUUACAGUGGCGCCAACCCCUCAUCCUUUGCCUCGCUUCGCUCCUGGAUUAACGAGUGUGAGAAGAACGGGCUCACAGCGGACUGUGAUGUGCCACGAAUUCUUAUUGGGAACAAAUGUGACCUGAAGUCAUUAGGAGCCUCGCGUGUCGAUACCGAUGCUGCUCAGGUGUUCGCUGACCGCAACAAUAUGGCGCUGUUCGAGACGUCAGCUAAGGCAGAUUCGGAAGCGGACCAUGUUGAGUCGAUAUUCCUGACACUGCUUCAUAAGCUGCAGCAAAGCAAACCCAUGCAUGUGCAGAGUGAGGGAGAACGGCAAGCAAAGGUGGGUGAGAGUCUUGGCACAGAAAUUUUUUGUAGUGAACUAAUUGAGUUGGAUUUUAAGUGUGAAGCUUUAAAGCUCUAG